GAAAAACACAAUAGAAAGUAGCCCAUCCAUAUAUGGCUAUUGUUUUGAUACCAGAUGCACUCGGCUGUUACUGUGAAGGGUUCUUUUUUGCACAAUAUUCUGAUCAACCCGUUUUAAUUACUUUGUUCCAUCGCCUUAUUUCUUGAUAAUUAUUUUCAAUGUCAUAUGAAGCGGCUUUGGAUAUGUCCCUGCCAUCAUUCAAUCUGGCAUUGCAGACCAAGAAUACCAAAAAGACCCUUCACGACGUAUUAGACUAUUCAAAUUCGGCCGAACUGGAUUUGCUGGCGAGAGAAUUGGAUGAUUUACGAGACUUGCGUGAAGCACGGCGUCUUUCAUUAUACCAAAUAUCAGCUGCAACAAGGGUACAUGCCAUCUUUCAUGGUGACUUGGAUAAUAUACGUUCAUCGGAUCAGGCCUCGCGAGGUGACGACGCACUUACCUCGGCUGAAGCUGAUACGCCUCAUUUUCUUAAAAGUGAACCCUCCGAUACGGCGAAACAAUCUUUGCAAAUCAAUCCGCCUCCUACUCUCCAGAGUGUUGGCAAGUUGAAUUCACUAAAUACCCAAGGAAAAGGUCACGAUAGUGAAAAAGAACGGAUGCCGGCGAAUCACGAUAUGGCACCAGGCUUAUCGAACAAUAUACUGGCUAAAAAUCGCAAAGAAAAACGUGAAAGCAAAGAUGGCAGUUUCAGCAUCCCAUCACAUAUCACACAAGAGCAGGCUACUCCAACACAGGCCGAAAAAGUCCAGAAAGCAAACCUUUGCUGUGCUUGAACGACUCAAAGAAUUUACAGCGGACAAAUGCAUUAUGCAAGCGGUUCGAGAAACUUGAGGAACCCGCCAAUGCGGUCUUACAACAAGCAAGGAAAAACC